UCAAAGAGAGACUGUGGGUACAUGAGGUGCCGGACUUGCUGCAAGAGCCGUGGGUUCCAGUGCCCCACUCACGUCAAGAGCACUUGGAUCCCCGUUUCCAAGCGCCGCCACACCGCCGCCGCCAGACACCGCCUUUCCUCCUACCCUAUUAACCGCCACCUUCCGCCGCCCCCGCCUCCUCAAAACCCCCCCUUCUUCGGUAGUGCAGAAGAGAGUAAUUUUCCGGCGGAAGUGAGUUUUCCGGCGGUAUUUAGAUGCGUGCGGGUGAGCUCCGUCGACAGUGCCGGCGGGGAGGAUACAAAUUGUCAAUACGCGUACCAGACGGCGGUCAACAUUGCCGGCCACGUCUUCAAAGGGAUUCUCUACGAUCAAGGGCCGGAGAGCCGUUACAACACCCCCGAGGAGGGAUCCUCAGCCGCCGCCGCCCGCCUGCAGCAACUUGGUCAUCUCGUGGGUGGCGAUGCCACCGCGGCUGCCUCCAAUAACAACGUAUCUCCACCACAGCCGCCGCCGCAUCCUUCUUACCACACUCCUUUUACUACUACUAAUUUUAUGCCCACCGCCGCGCAUUUCUUCCCUUACCCAAAAUCUUAGUUCUCAAUUUUGUUAGCAAUAAUUUUUCCGUGCAUUCAAAGAGACUAGAUAUAUUUCUCCAUAAUCAUUUACAUUUUCUACGGGAGUAGUUUUUUAUAAAGGGAAUACAUUGCACACAAACGGAUGAGCUUCAUAGAAUUUUAAUGGUAGAGUGGUGAUAGUAUUUUUAUAUGUCAUAUACUUAGCAUAAUUACCUCCCAGUAAAAGCUAUCUCUUGAC